ACAACGACGAUACUUUAUGUUUGCUUCUUCCCCAUGGGGUCAUCGACGGUUUGGUUUGGUUUUGCAGUCACGCAGUGCAGUUUAAAUUCCCAUCGUUUGCCCCCGUGCCGCAAACCGGGGAACGUUUAAAUCGCAUAAAAAAUCCAGAAAGAAAAGCUGUAACUUUAUCGCAUUGAUAUCUCUUUAUUGCCGACUGCCGCUGCUAAAUUGUCUUCGAUCAAAAGAUUUGCAUCACGGGAUGUUGAGAAGCGCGCAAACGCGAUCUUUGCCUUCUAUUAUUCAUCCAUGGGGUAAGAUCGUUCACUCACUUCCGCCUGGGACACCUCAACCGAUCGGUAGGUCAGUGUGAGACACCUAGGAAGGUAUGGAAGCGGGGGAUACCAGCUCAGCUAAUUGAAUGUAGUAGGGUCAGGUCAGUUGAGUUUACCCUGUGCGCCCUCGGAUUCCCUUCGUUUCCAAGUGACCCUUUCAAUCCGUUUGUGAUCCGCGAUCGACAACGAAUAGAACCGCGACGUUAUGUGUGUUUAGCUACUGUGUUUCGCCUCUCUACCAUCAUCCCCACUCGCACCAAUUAUUUCCCUGAGAACUUGAUGUGCGCGAAUCUAGACGGGCGAAAUUGCGCCACUAGCAUCUAACGCUUUCACUUGCACUUAGAACUUCAACGAGUGUGGAUCUUUAUCGUCGUUCACUCGGUCAUACUAGGCUAGAAGCAUCAUCAUCAUCGCGGUUUAGUCAUUCAACCAUCAAGGUGUAUAAAUAUUUCGAUCGGAAUAGUUCAUUUUAGUAUCGUCGGUGUGAUCUGGCAUCGAUGCAAUAGAAGUAACGCCACACAAACACAGACAGCAAAAACCCGUGCCGGAAAAAGAAGAAAGCGUACAUUUAUUUGUCUGUGUGAUCCAACGGAACGACGGCCGUCACUGUACAGCUUCAAAUCAUCCCAUCGAGUCGGAGCAGUAAGCACCACAGCCAACCAGCACCAUGGGUACCUUGCCGCAGCUGGCCGUAGUCAAGGGAAAACUGUGUCCCCUGCAGCCGACCUUACUGCAUCGCACCUUUGAAUCGAACGUUGACAAAUUCUGUGGCACCGAUACGGCACUCAUCUACAACGACGAUGUACGUGGCGAAGUGCAGAUCAACUAUAACGUGCUCAACUCGACGUCGAACCGUUUGGCCUCGGCCAUGCUGAACCGCAUCAAGGAUCACUUCCGUUCGCCGCCCAACACCGACGGUGACUACAUCGUGGCCGUGUGCAUGCAUCCGACCGACCGUCUGGUAAUGACACUGCUUGCGAUUUGGAAGGCGGGUGCCGCCUAUCUACCGAUCGAUCCAACCUUUCCGCCGAACCGCAUUCAGCACAUUUUGGGUGAAGCGAAACCGGCCCUCGUUGUGUACGACGAUGACUACGAUAAUGCGGCCAUCUUUGGCAAGACACCCGCCAUCAGCUAUGCCGAGCUGCGCAAACGGGCGAGCGAUCUGAGCAACGCCAACAUACGACCGGAAGCGAUGCUCGGAAAGGGUGACUCACAGCUGGCCCUGGUACUGUACACCUCGGGCAGUACCGGAGUGCCGAAAGGUGUUCGCCUUAACCAUGAAACCAUCCUGAACCGGCUCGAAUGGCAGUGGAGUCGCUUCCCUUACUCUGCGACGGAGCGCAUCGGCGUGUUCAAGACGGCCCUUACCUUCGUCGAUUCGGUCACCGAGAUAUGGGGCCCAUUGCUAAACGGAAUGGCCAUUGUGGUAGUGCCGAAGAAGAUUACCAACAAUCCGGAAAAGCUCGUUGAAGUGUUGGAGCGUUAUCGUAUCGAACGGUUGGUUCUGGUGCCGACGCUGCUCCGUUCGCUGCUGCUCUAUUUGCCACUGCAACAGAAACAGCCACUGUCCGGUUCAAAACUGCUCUACUGCCUGCGCAUCUGGGUGUGUUCCGGUGAACCGUUGCAGAUUUCGUUGGCUCGUGAAUUCUUCGAUUACUUUCAGGAAGGUAUGCACCAACUGUGCAACUUCUACGGCUCCACUGAAGUGAUGGGUGACGUCACGUACUUCGUGUGCGAGUCAAAGAAGCAGCUGGAAGCGUACGAGAAAGUCCCAAUCGGGUAUCCGCUCGAUAACACCACCAUUUACAUUAUGAGCCCGGAUCUUCGCCCGGUACGAACUGAGGAAAUUGGUGAAUUGUACGUAGCCGGAUUGAAUCUGGCUGAAGGGUAUGUUAAUGGGCGCGAUCCGGAUCGAUUCAUCGACAAUCCGUUGGCGAUCGAUCCUUCAUUCGGGAGGCUGUACAAAACCGGUGAUUAUGCCUCGGUCAGCAAAGGAUGCGUAUAUUACCAGGGACGUAUGGAUUCGCAGAUCAAGAUCCGUGGCCACCGGGUGGACCUGUCGGAAGUGGAAGCGAAUCUGCUUGGAUUGACCGGUGUUGAUAAGGGUAUCGUGCUUUGCUAUCAUGCCGGCGAAAUUGAUCAGGCACUGCUUGGGUUCGUAACGUUGGAAAAGGACAGCCAUUUCCAGACGGGACUGCAAGUGGAGGCAGCUCUUGGUGACAAGCUUGCGCACUAUAUGAUGCCGCAGGUAAUUCUGCUCGAUAGCAUUCCCUUGCUCGUAAACGGAAAAAUCGAUCGCCAAACGUUGCUGAAGAUGUAUGAAAAUACCAACAAUAAUGAUGAUACUCAGAUUGAGAUCGAGUAUGACUAUACGAAUGUUCCAGCCAGUCGAUUAACCGUGGCAAAGGAUCUCUUCGAAACGGUCGGUCAAGUGAUCGGUCGUUCGACACGGGCUAAAAUUUGCUUAACUAGCAACUUCUACGAACUUGGUGGCAACUCGCUCAACUCGAUCAUCACCGUGACACAGCUAUGUGGUAAAGGGUACCCAGUUAGUAUUACCACAUUCAUCGGAGCAAAGAACUUGGGAGAAAUUUUGGACAAAAUUUGUGCCGACGAACGGGAACUGCAAAACCAUCAGCUCGAAUCCAAUGGAAAUGGAACUGUGGAAGGCGCGUUUGACUACCGUAUGCAACUGACGGCAUUCCCAUUGGCACUCGAACACAAACAUGACACCAUAAACAUCAUUACUUCAAGCUUCUUCGAGAAGGCAGACCUGGAACAGUGGCUUAAACCGCAGAUCUACGAAACAGACUACCGGGACAUCCUGGAAGACAUCUGGACGGUUCUCAUCGAGAAGGGGCUGAGCUUUAUCGUGAAGGAUGAAACUGGUCGCUCGGUAGGUGUUUCCCUGAACUUUGAUGCGCACGACGAACCGGAAGUGACCGUUACCAGCAAACUGAUCAUUGUGUUUGAAUUCUUGGAAUCCGUCGAAGGACCUAUCCGAGAUAGUCAACUACCCACUGGCAAAAACCAGAUUCUACACUCCUUCAUGAUGGGUACGUGUGCGGAGCUGUCCGCUCAGGAAAACAUUGAGGCUAUGCACUUUAUGGAAAGUGAAGUGCUGAAGUUGGCUAAGCGUCGGAACUUUGCAGGAAUUUUCACCACCAACACAAACCCGCUAACGCAGCAGCUCGGUUCGAACGUGUACAAUUACAAAACGAUGCUAGACUAUCAGGUCAAUCAGUUCGUCUACAGCGCGGACGGUUCGAGACCGUUCGCCGCUGCUCCAGACAGUCAACGCGCCGUAGUACACUGGAAGGACAUUCGGUGUUAAUAUGCGGGAUCCGUUUGUUUACGCUGCAAGUAAAGCAAGAACAAACAAUUAAGUCUUUAAUUAAGUUAUUUAAUUUAUGAAACACGAAACGUAUUAUCGUACCCACGAGCGCACCAAUACACACACGACACAAGAUCCGGAUUGCAAGUGACGGCCACCGGCGGGAGUUCAACAGCUUUCGUUGUCUAGGAUCCUCACAGAUACGCUAACAGCACAUGUCCUAGUUUUAUGCAUUCGGUACGGGGCUUCCAUUUCCAAAUGGGACGGUUUAAUACAAUUCAGUGAUCAGUUAACUUUAAGUGAACAGUAUUUAAUUUGUGGUAUAGAAACAACGGAAAUGAUCGAUUCCAUGGAUUGGAUCGGUCGAACAUUGUUUAAUAUACGAACAAGUGGCACAAAACAGGGUAUCGAAGGUAUUAUAAACAAAUGUGAUUUAAAAACAUUGCUUUGCGAUGAGGAAAUAAUGCCCCACUGCAUGUUUAGGGACAGGUUUCAACAAAACAUACGAAAACAGCAACAAAUUAUAAAAGACACUUUACACCGCUGUACAAUGAAUCUAUCUAGAUUUUAAUGAAAAGUUAAUAAAAACAAACAAAAAUGUGGUGCUAUAAAA